AUGAAGCUUCAGUACUCUCUUCUCUGCCUGUGUGCACUCUUCCUUUGUGCCUCGUGUGAGGACGGAGAAAUUAUUGGAGCUGUAGAUCCUCGAGGCCCUCGUCCGGCUGUAGCUGGAUUCACAUCUGACAAAUGUGCCACAGAGAAAGACUGGCCAUUAUGUAUAGAUGAUGACUGGGGUAAAAAAUGUCCGUCUGGCUGCCGAAUUCAAGGCCUUCUGGAUCAAAGUGAAAAUGAGAUCUUAAAAAAGAUUCAGAAGCUCCGCAACCUUCUUAAUGAGGGAAAAAAUGUGCAUCGAUCUACAGAUCUGGAGUCCCAAAAUACUUACAACUUUCUGAGAGAGAGGCUUGUUUCCAACACAGGUUUUGACAACAGAUAUGCCACUUUGGCUGAACAGCUGAGGCAGAGGAUUGUUGAGUUGAAGAUUAAAAUCGAUCAACAGCUGAAUUUGCUGAAGGCUCUAAAAGAUCGAAUUAAAACCCAGUUCUUCGCUGUACAGCGCCUGGAGGUUGACAUUGAUAUCAAGCUACGCAGCUGUAAAGGCUCCUGUGCCAGCUAUCAGGAAUUCUCUGUGGAUAAGGAGAGCUACGUAGCUCUGGAAAAGCAGUUGGACCGCCUAGACCCCUUACAGGUCCAGAAUGUUGAGACUGUCACUUCCUUGAAGGUACUGAAGAUAAAGCAACUGAAAGAAUUAGGUACGGAUACACCUUCCAUCUACAAGGCUGGAACCGUUGGAACAGAAAGAGAGGCGCAGAAGAAAACCUUCUUUGGUGACGUGGGCCAGCUUCAGCUCUCCCUGGAGGCUGAGGGCUCCACAGCAGAAACGGCUGCCACCGUCAGCAAAGUCAUCACAGGUACGGGCCAGUCCACACCCAUUUCUACACAAACCCAAACCCAAACUCUCAGCUGCACCCAGACCGUGCGCAAGAUAACAACGCACACCAAAGACGGCAUUCAGGAAAAGUAUGAAACAGUACGCACUGGGCCAGGGUGUGAUGCCAUUGGAAAAUUCGGCAUUUCUGAAGCAGAUCUCCUGAGUGCAGCCAAAGAGGGUAAAGAACUGAGUAGUGAUGGCUUCAGAGUCAAAGUAACUACUGGAGAUUCUAAAUCCAUCACCACACUCAACCGUGGUGAAGGAGAACUCGGUGGGUUUGCAGAAGACUUCUUUCAGGGACUGGGUUCUCGUGGACAGGAUAGUAAGUUCUCCUCAUCCUUCACUUCUUCCUCCACCUCUAAAUCCAUCAUUACUGGCGGAAGAAAAGGUUUUAACUCCGACACUAAGAGCAUCACAUCAACUUCUUCGCCUGCUGAUUUUGGUGAUGACUUUGGAGCAUUCUUACUUGGUGACAUAAAAGAUGAUCUUCCUGAUCUACAUGCUCGCAGUUUCAAGUCCAGUGGCCAAAACAAAGAUGAAUCUCUCCUUUCAGACUGUGUUGAUAUCCAGGGGAAGCACACCAAGGGUGGUCAGAGUGGCCUGUUCAAAGUAAAGCCGGCCAGGCUGGAGGAGGUAGUGGAGGUUUACUGUGACCAGAACACAGGUUUGGGGGGCUGGGUUCUAAUCCAGCAGAGGGAGGAUGGAUCUGUUAACUUCAACCGCACUUGGAAUGAGUAUCGGGCUGGGUUUGGGAAGAUAGACAAGCAUGGAUAGGGUGAGAUUUGGAUUGGGAACCACAUCUUACAUCUCCUCACUCAGAAAGAAAGUGUUCUGAGAAUAGAGCUGUUAGACUGGGCAGAAAACGAGGUGUACGCAGAAUAUAAUGUCAAAGUGGGCUCAGAGAAGGAGGGAUUCCAGCUGAGUGUAUCAGCUUAUGAAGGAGAUGCAGGUGAUGCUCUGGUGCAGGGGUUUGCUACCAUGGGUUCCUUCCUUUCACAUGCUGGGAUGAAGUUUAGCACGUUUGACAGAGAUAAUGACAAGUGGGAGGAGAACUGUGCUGAGAUCUAUGGAGGUGGAUGGUGGUACAAUAACUGCCAGUCUGCCAACUUUAAUGGGAUUUACUACAAGGGAGGGAAGUACGAUCCUGCUAGCAAAAUUCCCUAUGAGAUAGAGAAUGGAGUUGUGUGGCUACCAUUUAAACCAGCUGAUUAUUCCCUUAAAGUGGUCAGGAUGAAGAUUAGGCCUCUACAGAGUCUCAAAUAGAUGAAAGGAGAUCAAGAUACAGAUGAUGAA